AUCGAUAGAUGAGUGACGUCACGAUCUGUCAAAGUUUGUUCCACGGCCUAAUUUUUUCUUUAUUCCGCGAUGAGUUUGUCGUAAAAAGAAUUUUCGGGUGCGAAUUAUCGAGGAAAACACGCGUAACCAGUGGUGAAAGUGUUCAGAAUCUGUUCCAACGCCGGAAACACGAAAGUGUAUAACAAAAUCAACCGGAAAUACGAAGGUUAGCGGCGAAGUCUGCCCAGUGCUGACAUUUUUCGAAAAGAUAACCUAUAUUUUCGUCUUUCGGAUUUUCCUUAUUUUCUCUUUCGUUGAGUGGAGCAGUUCUAUUUUAUGGUGCGUGUACAAAUUCAUUUAUAGGAAAAGAAGGCAACCAGCAAAAGGUGAGGACGGAACAGCUCGUAAUAAUUAUUGAUGAUUCAAUGCGAUGUGGAACCCAGUCGUCGAGUUACAAUGAACGCGUUUGAGCAGCAGUAAGACGGAAUCAGGCCAUCCAAUCACAGGACCCGGACAAGUAUGCUUCUUGAUCUGCUGGUGUGACGUCCGACGAUUUCUCGAAGCAGAACAAAUAUGCAAAGUGGCGGAGGACCGUUGCAACCGGGUCCGUCCGUAAUGCGUGGACUACAAUCGGGAACCCCGGCCAACGUCCAGCAGCAGCAACCCGAUUUGCAGAAGAUGCAGUCCCAACCGCCGUUGAUGAACCAGCAGCCCUAUCAGCCGCAACAAAAUAUUUUCCGCGGGGCUGGAGCCAAUCAAUCAACGCGACCAACAAGGCCACCGAUUGUGCCGUACCAUGCACCGAUCUAUGCCACUCCGAUGUAUCAGCAGAUGCCCCAUCGGAUGCCCGGUCAAUGGAACUAUGGUUCGAUCCCCGGAAUGUACAUUCCGCACCAAUACUACCUUCAGUCGACGCCGAUCAUCUCCGGCCAGCAUCAGCAGAAUCGCCGGAAUCCUGCCGGUGACAACAAUCUAGUUAACGUAAAUAUCUAUGCCCCUCCCCCUCCCCAGCAACAGCCGCAGCAACAUCAACAGCAACAACCGGGAAAAAUUCGCAAAUUUGUGGCAGAAAAUGACACACAACAUCUAAUGAAGAUACCACAAGUUCAACUUGGCCAGCCACCACCAAACCAGCAGUCGUCUCCUAUGCAGGUUUCUCAUGAGCAGAUGUUGGUCAUGUCGCAACUUCAUCAGUCACUACCACAACAGACACCACAGCAGCUAGGCAAUAGUGGCCAGAAUCCAAUGGAUCAACAUCAGGUCAAUCCAGGACAGGUCAACGUUGGAGGUCCUCAGCAACCGCCUCCGCAUCCGAUGAUGCCACAAAUUCAGCUGGCGCAUCAUUUGGCAACUGGUGGCGGAGGCGUUCCGGCCCCCAAAUCAAACACUAGAACCAAGAAACGGGCCCAUGCACUACCCGUGAUCCAUCCAGACACUCAGGAAAAUGUACUGGAAGAUCUAUAUGACAAAGAAUCUUCGCCACCGGCUACGUCGACUUCGACUCCACCGAGUUCCGGCCCACCACCUGGUGGAUCAACCAGUGGAGCAGUUGUGGCAUCGGGAGCCUCAGCGAUAUCAACAGCAACGGUGACAUCCGGAGCUCCUCCUCCGGUUCCUUCAGCGUAUAGCAACCUUCCCCCUAAUGUAACCCAGGUUCCACUAAAUCCAGCUGUUGAUUCCGACUAUGAUAAUUACGCACCUCAUCCUCACCAGGCAACUCCGGAACUGGCAGGACCUGCAGGUAUUGGAAUGAUGCAUCAUCCGCCGCCACCACAUCUGCAUCAUCCACCACCACAAACUAAUCAUCCGCCACCCCAUGUUCAUCCCGGACAUCCAGGUGCCCAUUCCGCACCCAUUCCUGGUCAGCCCGGUCAAAUAAUCAUGACCCAUCCUCCAGACAUGGGUCGUGGAGGUCCUCCAUCGGUCAACGCGCCGCAGCCCCAUGAAAUCGUGUACGGAGGUCCCGGAGGUGCGAUCAAAAUAAUGAACCCACCUCCGCAUUUACCACAACACCAUCCGGGUUUGAUGCAGCCGAAUGAAAUGACUGCAUCCGGAACGCCCGUCGUAUCUGCCAUCGCAGAUGGACCAUCAGUGGAGAUAAAACCUUACCAGCAGAAAAAGAAAAAGCCUCCGACAGAGGUGCAGCCUUCUCCACAACAACAGCACCUGCAUCAGCAACAGCCACAACAGCAUCAUGCAUCGGAAGUGCAUCAGCCCAAAUCUCUUCCAGUUAACAAUUCACAACAGCAACAUCUGCACCAUCAUCCCCAGCAACUUCAACAGUUGCCACCACAGCAACAUCAGCAGCAGCAGCAGCCGCAGCACAAUGUGUCUGUUUUGAACGAAUCUUUGUACACAGGAGGUGGUUCGGCGGAACGAUACCGUACUAUUUCAGAGAAAUCAAUCGCCGAAUCCACUUUAUCGACGGAUGCAGAACCAUUUAUUUACACGGGUCCCAGCAGCGUCGUUUCCAGUCAAAAUGUCCCAGUAGCGGUGCAUAAUGUAGUAGUGGAAGAGGUGACAAAUACACUAGUUCAGCAACAACAGCAUCAGCAGCAGCCACUUCUCACGGAGGUACCGGUAUCGUUUGUUUCGCUACCGGAAACGACUGUUCCACCUCCUCAAUUAGCUACCAAUGUUCCCGCCGCCAUCGAAGUUCGUGAAAAGUCGCUUCCUCUUUCGACGUCGACGACUACGACGACGACAGCAAGCAGUAGCAGUAGUAGCAGCAAAGCCCUCGAUUCAUUAGUGGCAGAGGUAGAGAAGCUUAGCGUAGAAGAUAACGAAAGCCAGCAGCAGCGGCAACAUCAAGGUUCCAACCAAACAACUGCCGGUCACAGCAGCAACAAAAAGAAACCCAAUAAAAAACGACUAGAAGAGACGAUAAGUAACAGUAAUGCCGCCACUGCUAGUGAGACUAGCAACACCAGCGGCAACAUGAGUAGCAGUGGCAAAGCUCCUGCCCCAGCAUCUGUAGUAGUAGUAGAACAGACACAGCCAGCGGCUCCGGUUGCGGCAGUUGAUGAAACGGAUAGAUCUGUUGUUAUGGAACAGCAGUACCCGACAGCGCAGUUAAUUAGUAAUUUAGUGGAACAGAAACCUACUAGUAAGUUAGAUAAUGAUAAUAUAAUUAAUAAUAAUGUGGAUUGCACCAGUACUACGAUAAUUACCGAUAAUUCGACAGAAAACAGCAGUAAAGCAUCAUCGCCGAUGGAAAACGCCACCAGAGAUAGUAACAGCAGCAACAGCAUCAGCAGACAGCAAUCGCUCGAUUCCUCAAGACAGCAUACUCCAGCCCCGACGAAGCUGGACGCAGAAAACAACGUUCAGCAACAGCCCGAAUUCGACGACAACAAAAACGUAGUUGGUGUUGCAGCAACAACAGAAACCACUACUGUUAGUGCUCAACAACAUCCCAAAAAGCAAAGCACACCAGAUACGGUCACACAGCCCAAAGAUUCGAACACAGAGCCCAAACCAGCAGCACCGGUAAUUAAAAAAUCCCGUUCAAUCACACUUAUCGAGUACGAUCCAGACCAGUGGAGCCCAGACAAUCCGAAAGGCAAGAAAAAGUACUCUCGUGAGCAGCUGUUACAGCUUAAGAACGCUCCCCCAGCCCGUGAGAAACCGGUAAUGUCGACCGGUCUCGAAAACUUACUUAUUCGAUCUGACCAUGGAGGAAGUAACUAUUCUAUGGGCGGUGGAGGAGGCGGUGGUUAUGGAAAGAACAAUUUUGCCGAAAUUUCGAUACUGCCAGGAUUUAUGAAGGAUCGAAUGGUCACUGGUGGUGGUAAUAUGGGGCCAAUGAGACAACCAUACCCAGCCAAACGGCCAUCGCAACAUGGCAAUAGUGGUCAACCACAGCCCAACAAACAAUCGCAACAAAAUAUGAGUAAAACUGGUUCUAAGAUUAUUCGACUGCAGCUAGAUGAGGAGGUUAAGCUAAAGGAGUGUGCGAACGCAUGGCGUCCACGACAUUUACAAUCGAAUGAUAAUCAAGACAAUGAGGAAAGCAAAACUCAAGAUCUGUUCAAAAAGUUCCGAUCCGUAUUGAACAAGCUAACUCCAGAAAAUUUCGAUAAACUUGUACAACAAGUAAAAACGUUCGUUGUUGAUACUGACGAACGGCUCAACGGUUGCAUCAAGCUGAUUUUUGAAAAGUCUAUUUCGGAACCAAACUUUUCCGAAGCCUAUGCCAAAAUGUGCAAAGAAAUAGGCAAUAUUGCACUUCUGGAAAACAACGAGAGUUCUAAGCAACACAAUAAUUUCAAAGGCCGCUUAGUAAUCCAGUGUCAGCAUGAGUUCGAACGUCGACGAAACGAACAAGCAAGUGCCGUGCGAGAUAGUCGAGCCAAACUGGAAGCCAAUAAAGGAAUGGACAAGGCAGAAUUCGAAGAACUGAAGGCACAGUUGGAGGAGAAAGAACUGAAAGUUAGAAGGAGAGCUGUUGGAACGGUUCGCUUCAUUGGUGAAUUGUUCAAACAUAGCCAACUCACGCCCAACAUCAUGCAUACCUGUAUAUCGGUACUGAUCGAAGACAAAGACUACGAUGAAGAAACCCUUGAGUGUCUCUGUAAAUUGCUCACUACUAUUGGCCAAAAGAUGGAGAAAGAGCAUGGUCAAGAUUUGGGCAAGUACUUUGCUAAGAUGGGCGAAAUAGUAAAAUAUAGGGAUCAAUACAAAAUAAGUAGUCGCAUCCGGUUUAUGAUUCAAGAUGUCAUAGAUCUGCGUCUCAAGAGCUGGCAACCUCGCCGGCAAGAUUUGAACCCGAAGACGAUGAAUCAGAUUGUAAAAGAACAGGAGACUGAACAGAUGCAGAUCAAUAUGAAUUACAUCGCUUCUCGAAGCAGUAAAGAAGGUGGUGGAGGUUAUCCAGGAGACAUGGGCGGCCGCGGAAGUCGCAGCGGCAAUAUGCAGGGAGGUGCAAGAAUGUCUGGCCCAGGAGGUUAUAAUCAAGGAUCCUUAGGGCGAGGAGGUAAUCAAAGCUCAAUGAAAAGCGGUCGCAAACAAACUGACGAUGAUGGUUUCCAACAAAUUUCCAACAAUCGAAACAACCGAUCAGUCCCGAUUGACCUUAAAAAAAUUAAUUUUCCCCCUGUCGUUAGUAAUAUUGAUUUUGGUAAGCUGGGAGCUGCUGCCAAUUAUCAAGGAUGGAACAAGAACAACAGUAACAUAUUCGCUGCCCUGAACAGUGAAGAUUCAAAUCAAGGAAGUAUGCUGGAUCGAGAUGGUGAUCGUGACCGUAUUCGCGGUGGAGAUCGCAGAGAUCGUGACAGGGAUCGGGAUCGCGAUCGAGAUCGUAGGGACCGAGAUCGUGACAGAGAUCGAGAUCGCAGUGGAAGCCACAACAAGAAUUCAGGUGGCAAAGAUUCUUAUCAUCAUAAAGGUUCAAUGGAGCGAGAUCGGUAUAACCGGUAUGGUAGUAGUAAUAGUCAAAAUGACGACCCUAUGUCCUCCCGGUCAUCUCGAGAGGGCAGCAUGAGACCCAUGAGUGGUCAACACAGCAAUAGCCAAAUCCACGAUCGAGACAGAGAACGCGAUCGGAAUAUGGACCGAAUGUCUUCGUCCCAACAAGGAGGCCGAUCGUCACAGCAAAGACAUAUUCCACAAAGCGCACCUACAUCGGGUUAUUCGUCAGCUUCGGGUGGAAUGGGCCCACCGAGCUCUGGCUUCGGCGGUCCCCCCAGUGCGCUGUCCAAGUCAGGUUCCGGACAACUGUACCAACAACAGCACAUGCCACAAUUUGCCAUACCAAAGGAUGUGGCCCGACGAAAUUUCCUUCAGCCGGAUAAACCGACUGAGGACAUCCUACAUAAGUUUUCCACAUCUGUCAACAUCGAGAUGCACGAAUCAGAAUUUGAGGCUAGCGUGGAUCUUCUGAAACCAGUUAGUCCAGACUACUACCAUGCCGCUAUAAGCACACUGUUCUUCGACAACGUCGAUCGCAAAAAUGAGACCCGGGAAAAGGUGGUUCAGGUUAUUGCGUACAUGUUCGAACACAAAGUGAUAACCAAAUACGACUACCUGCACGCCCUUGAAGAACUGUUCAAACUAGCGAACGAUUUUAUCAUCGACAUGCCCCAACUGUAUAAGUAUAUGUCGACUUUCUACGUACUAUUGCUCCACAACAAACAAAUCAGCCUGCAGGACAUCCAUUCCGUGGCCGAACCUGUGUUUAGCUACAAGCACGGCGAUAUGUUGCUACCUGAGCUACUCCAUUCGUACGAUGCUCAGUACGGCAAAGAUGCAACCGUAAUGCUGUGGUGUGAAUCAUCGAUGAGCUUCACAUCAUUUAUCCGGAAGGAAAGAGUUGAAGAAUGCCUCAAUGAGUGCCGCGUGGGCUAUCUGUUGGACUCUGGCAGAAAAGCUCUGGAUAUGGACACAGUUGCUAAGCAGAUCAAAUAUUUCCUGAAGAGCGAAACUAAAUUCGGAGACAUCUUCAGCUGGAUCUCGCAGUAUGUUGGCCAGGAAAAACAAACUUCCAAUGAAUUUAUCCGGAUGCUGUGCAAGGUCGUGCUGGAGCACUGUAUAGAUAGUACCAAGAAGUUAAAUCUGAAGGAAUGUCGCAAGUGGCUCCAAAUUCUACAGAAGUACAUCGACAGCAAGCCUGAGCGGGAACUGCAGGCUAUGUACGCGAUCCAGCGGUUGGUGGUGGAAUUGGAACAUCCCCAGAAUUUGCUGCGCUCGAUUCUCGACCUGUUGUACGAAAAUGAUGUGAUAAUGGAGGGAAUCAUCCUCUGGAAGGAUUCAGAAGAUCCGCAUGAAGCGGCCGGUAAGGGUGUGUGUCUCAAGGGAAUAAACACGUUUAUUACCCAGUACAUGGAAAAUUUGAGCGAAGAAGAUAAUUAAAGCUGAAGUUUUUUUUAAGAAAAAAUCGCGUAAAUAUUCGACUAUAUUGCAAAACAUUAUUACAAUGAUUAUACUACUAAUAAACAAUUGAUAAAAUAUGAUGAAUAAAAUUAAUGUUAAGAACAACAUUUAUUUACAUAUAUAUUUAUAAUUUAUCAAAUAAAGUAUCUGGUGAACCACAAA